ACUACGCACGGCACGAUGGACUAAACUGUUAAUUGAAAAGGAAUGCACAGGAUUCGCUGAAAUCAAAACCAAUAACAGCGACAGACAAUGCCGAAAGUGUCAUAAACUUCUCAUUAUAGUCGACAGGAGAAUCGAACCAACGACUUCGUCGAGAAAAACUUUGAACUUCGAUCCAUGUUUGUUUGCGUUCAAAGAACAGUGUCAAGCACUUCAAUAACGAUAAGUUUGUACUUGAGAUCUCAAUUUGAAAACAAUUGCUUUGAUCGUUUAGAUGAUGAGGGUAGAUGACUAUGCCUAGUCAAGCUCAUCUACUCGUACUGUCAUGAUAGUGUUCUCGGCUGUCUUGGUGGUUUGGUYGUCGGUUUUAAUCUCGGGAUGUUGCAGCGAGUGUGGUGGCGUCUUUUCUCAAUCGCAUGGCAGCCUCAAUUCUCCCUUACACUCCGGGUACAAGAUAGGCGAGACUGUAACCUGCGACUACCUUAUCCAAGCUCCAUAUGGUCAAAGAAUUAAAAUUGUUUUUAUAGAUCUUAUAUUAAAGACGCCAUGUUGUUCGUGUGUAAGUGAUUACAUCGAGCUGAGAGACGGGAAGGACGUUAAUUCAACACUAAUUGGACGCUACUGUGCCCAACAUCUUCCUAAAAUUGUUUAUUCAACGGGGAAAGAUCUUUGGCUUCGCUUCAAAACUGAUUACAAGACUUCAACUGAAAAUCGUUUCAAGUUGACAUUUGACACGCCAUGUGGACACCAUUUUAGUACUCUAGAAGGGGUUUUUGAAUCAAAAGGAUUCCCUGGGCCUUAUACMCCUAAUACAGAAUGUAUAUAUACAAUAUCCGUUCCUCGCGGGAGAUUAAAGGUUUCYUUUGAAAGCUUUGACAUCGAGGCAAGAAGCGUUGUUUGUGAAUUUGAUUUUCUUGAGGUCAAAGAAAUAUUAUAUGUGGAAUACAAUGCCGAAAUUUUAGGAUCUAGAACGCGUCGGUACUGCGGGAGCGAAACACCGCCGACAAUAUACUCCACAAUUGGAAGUUUUCUUUGGUUUCGAUUYAAAACCGACGCAAAUGGACAGCGGUCGGGCUUUAAAGCCAAGUAUAGAACGGUAUCUGUUGGCGAAGGUAGCUGCAAUAAAAAGUUUUCAGUUCCCAAGGGAUUAAUUUACUCUAAAAACUAUCCUUUUCCAUUUCCACGGAAGACUGAAUGCCUGUGGGAGAUUGAAGUUCAAUCMGACAAACACGUCCGUUUGAGUUUUGAUACUUUCAACUUCAGUCUCAAUGCACCAAAAUGCAAGUAUGGUUACCUGCGGGUGUACGAUGGGUUAGGGUUUCACKCCCAGAUAGGGCAGUACUGUGGACCACACCUUCCUCAAAACGUGGUGUCCAGGAAGAAUACCAUGUCAUUACAGCUGGUCUCAAGUAGUAUAGUAGACACAGGAUGGUUUUCAGCACAGUAUAGUACAUYCAACGAGGGGCCAUGUGGAAGCCAGAAAUUCACCUGUGGAAACCAUGARUGUAUUGCAAAAUCGAAGCAUUGCAAUGGAGUGAAGGAUUGCCGGGAUGGUACUGAUGAAAUUAGUUGCCCACCCAAAGAAGAGACUCCAACAUGGUAUAGUUUUUGGCCUGUCACAGUAGUUGUGGUAAUGCUGUUUAUGGGAGUUUGGUUAUGGAGGACAUGGCGUAAGUUUAUGACCCCAAGAAGUGACAUUCAAGUAACAUAUUGUGCUUCUUCACCAUGUCGUCAUAAUUCAACUGGUGUAAUAUCAGAGACGGCAGAACCACCAAGCUACCAUGAGGCUAUUUCCCAACCAGUACAUAAUGGGAUACCGCCGCCAUCCUAYGAGGAAGCCAUCAACUCACAACCAGCACCAUAUUUAGAAAAUACUUCCAAUGAAGAAAGAAGUACUUUACCCAAUCAUACUGAACAUGACAGACAUACUGUAAAUACACAGAUUUCUAACAUUCCAUCAAGAAAUCUACCUGCCUCAAGAAAUGAUAUGAAUAUUAAUGAAGCAGGUCAACCAUACACUAGUCACAGACCAACAGACAGAACAAGUGAAGUAUAAAGUUGUUUAUCAUAUACACAAGAGUCUAACUAUUAUAACUGCCACCACUACUAAGUACUUUCUUCAGUUUUUAAAAUCACAGCAAGAGAGUAAUAUUAAAAUUCUUGCCGACCAUAGAAAAUAGGAAGACUUAUAUUUAAUUUAGAAGCAGACUUUACAUUCAUUAUUUCCUUUUGUUCUUUAUCAACUAGAAAGUACUAGGCAGUCCUUUACUCUUUACAACCAGUGGAAAGUCACUCUACUACAAGUCCCAUCUUUGGUAGUGUUUAAAAACACUGCCGCAGCCUUCCAUAUCUCUGCAUAAUAUCAACGUUUCACUCAAAACUCUUUUAAGGCACAAUUUCAAGACUUUUUCUGAAAUACAAAUUUACAGUGCAUUGUGGUCUAACUUCAGAAAAAACAAUGCCAUAUUUGGCUGCAUGGAAAAAAGAUGUUUGUACCAAAUCUAAGCCACAAUGCAAUGCAAACUGUUAUCUCAGAAAAGACCUAUUCUAGAAAGUUCCAAGUUCAGUUCUGGAGCGAAACAAAUUCAUAAAAACACUAUGGUGUUUGUGGUAAAGUGAUUGUCAAUCAAUGAUUGUUUCRUUUAAGUCCUUAGAAUAACACUACCAGCAUGAUAUAUAUUAUGUUUUACUCUCAUUAAACAAAGACCUUUAAUAUUUAGUUUUACUUUGACUGUAAAAUGGGUUUCACUGGASAAUGAAAUGUUACCUAGUUAAUAGUCAAAGUAGACUCUAAGWCCAUAUURUUUGUUGAACUGCAGUGUGUGARCAUAAUGUGUUGUUUUGAGCCAGCUGCACAUGGGAAGGAAGAUUUCRAUUUCACUCAAAUAUUUUAAAAGUGCAAGAGCUGAGCUAAUUCAAUUUCCUCAGGARGCAGUGAGAACAGUGCUAGAGUAAAAUCUUUGUUCGCAUGUGUAGAAGGCUUUAGGGAUGGAUAAAAUCCCAAGUGUGUACAGAUUGUACAAAGGUAUAUAUACUGUAUACUAUUACUAUAAAGCUAUAUGCAAUAAAAUGACAUUUUAUAAAACUUCUCUUCUUCUUCAUGUUAAUUUAAAACUUCUGCCAUUUUAUGGCUUGGAAUGAUAGUGCUAUUGUUAAAUAUCUCUUCUUAAGUCAUAAAAAUUAUUUUUCACUUAUUUUCUUGAAUGAUUUUCCAAAUAAACCUACAAUGUAGAUCUUGUUUACAAUAUUGUAUCUUGUCACACUUUUUAUAAUUUGGUAUUGUAUGAGGASAAAAAUUAGAAGAGUGCAAAAUUGUAUUUGGAUUUGUUAUGUAGAAACCUGCAGCUUAGAAGGAGUCUUCAAACUCUUUGUUUCCAUGUUAUUUACUAGUACAUUCUAAAAUUAAGCACAAUACUUUUAAUAAAUGAAAA